GAAACCGUCGCUGUCUGUUCCGGCUCGGUACUGCCGGUUGGAAACUGUGGCCUUGUUGGCUAUGCCAACGGUAACUGCUACAUCCUGAGUUCCGAAGUCAGACGGCCGGUCCGCUUUGGCGGUCCUGAGACAGGCUCUGUGCAGGUCAUGGACUGCGGCUUUGUCAAAACCCAAGGUUGGGACUCGUCUGCUGCUGGUGGUGCUCUGGUCAUCUACGGAACACCCGGUGGCGCUGUAGUUGUGAGUCCCUUUUUAAAAUGUUUACUUAUUGAACAAACAUCAUCAUUAGCAGACUGUGUGGUGCAGUGGCAUCUGAAACCAUCAGUUAAGGGCUUGUGA